AUGGAUAAGACAGAUGGGACGUUUCCCACAGUUGCCCACCCUACAGAUACCACGCAGGGCAGAACUCAAGGCGGCACGCAGGAAGAUAAAUAUGACCUCCCUAUCCAUAGCCGGGCGAGAUCCAGCCUAGAACAAGACAUGAAUCCGGAGCCAAACAAGACUCAUACCCCAUCCUCGGACUCAGACUCUGGACUAACCCCCUGUCAACCCGCCGGCAAGCUCGCGGGGAAAAUAGCCAUCAUCACAGGGGGAGAAUCGGGGAUCGGUCGGGCCAUAGCAAUUCUCUUCGCGUUGGAAGGCGCUCGAGUAGUUAUCAGUUACCCCCGCGAGAAAGAAGAAGAUGCACAGAACACCAAGGCGCAGGUGGAAAAGAACGAGGGCGAGAUCCAUCUCAUCGCCAGCGAUCUAACCCAAGCAGCGAACUGUACCGCCUUAGUGAAUCAGGUGAUAGCGGCCUUGGGCGGUAUCGACAUCUUAGUCAACAAUGCGGCCAUAAGGAACGAGAAAGGAGACAUCGCUGAUAUCACCUAUGAGCAGUGGUCGGCGACUUCCCUUACCAACGUCGAUCCUCUUUUUCACCUCACCAAUGCUGCUUUGCCAUAUCUAUCUAGCGGUGCGGCGAUCGUCAACAGCGCAUCGGCGGACGCUUACAUCGGAACACCUAGCCGCGUAGACUAUGCUGCCAACAAGGAGGUCGUCAUCGCGUUUACCCGAGCGCUGUCUAACCAACUAGUCAAGAAGGGGAUCCGCGUCAACGCCGUGGCUAUCGGUCCCGUCUGGCCUUCUCUCGUCACCACGGGAGCAAGCGAGCAAGAUCAAAAGGGGCAAGAUCUCGGGAGCUGGACGCCGAUGGAGCAACUCGAUGAGAUUGCGACGAGCUACGUGUUUCUCGCGGGGAACGAGAGCACGUUCAUGAGCGGCCAGACGUUACAUCCUAAUGGAGGUAUUGUCGUGAAGGGCUGA